CAGACUUGGGAAAUACAAGGUGAAUGAAGGGAAAGAAAAUCCCAGUAAAGCAUUGGCUAAGGUCAAACAAGAAGAACAGGUGAGAAUGAAAAGGACAGAAGGAGUGCUGAAAGAAAGGGUGACUACGAGUGAUAAUGUGAAGCUUAAGGAGAAAAGGAAAUCCAUGAAAAAGGCGAAAUCAGUCAGAUGAAGUUUGAGCAGCCAAAUUCAAGCGAUGGCGGUUCAGUUAGAUGAUGAUGCCUUUGCAAAGGGAAUCUUAAAAACCAUUCAUUCACAAGUUGUUCAAAUAGGAGUUGGCACUGUAACUGAACAAUUGGUGGGUGGUGAAAAGUUUACUGAAAUGCCUAGCGAUGAUAUCCAGAAUUGAUGGAAGGCAUUCCAGAAAAGGACCAGGGACCAGAAUUUCAUAAGGAAAGAAGCUUGGGCGAUGAUCUGAUGGCCACGGAUCAACAUGUACUUGAGUUAGUAGACUUUGAUAUUGAGGGUUUUGAUUUGGAAGUCUCAAAGUCAGAUUUGGAGUUUCUGGCAAAGUAUUCAGAGGAGGAUUGCAAGGCAGAUUGCAAUACCGUGAAUUUACCAUAGGUUUAGAGCUCAAGUGGUGAAGUCUGACAUCAGUUUAUGGGCAAAUGGAGUGGAUCAGGCACAAGCAAGAUGUAAUUAACCAUAGGUUUAAAGCUCAAGUGGUGAAGUCUGGCACCAGUUUACGGGCAAAUGGAGUGGAUCAGGCACAAGCAAGAUGUAAAUAUAAAUUCUCUAGUCUUUACUAUGUGACUCCGUGUAAAUUCAAUAAACCCCUCUUACGUCUAAUUUUCCCCCCUUCGAAACUUUUUCACCAGUAAGUUGCGUCGCUGCACGCCUGCACCCCUCUCCCUCUCUCUCACCUCCAUUGAAACGUACUCUGAAUCCUCCGUUGAAGCGGCUUGAGAGCUCUCUUCUCCAUUGAGGCAGCUUCUGAGGGUUUUUGCCAACAAUUGGACUCCCUUGAGCAGAAGCUGGUGGUAUAAAUUCAAUAAAACAACAUAACUCAACCCAAUGCCUAGGUAUUAUUGUGAUUACUGCGACACUUACUUGACACAUGAUUCUCCAUCUGUCAGGAAGCAACAUAAUGCAGGUUAUAAGCAUAAGGCAAAUGUACGGAUAUACUGUCAACAAUUUGAGGAGCAACAAACGCAAAGUUUGAUCGAUCAGAGAAUCAAGGAGCAUCUUAGUGGCCAAGGUGCUUUUCAAAUUGGUGCUGCCUAUGCAGCAUGGAGACCUGGUGUUAGACCACCUAUUCUUCCUGCACCAUUGCCGAUUCCAGGUUCCCUUCCCCCUAAUGCUCAAAUGGCUCCAGGGAUCAGGCUACCUGUUUUUCCUAGACCUCCUGGUUUUCCGGUUUAUGGGGCACCUCCAGGACAAGUUGCGGGACAACCAGGUGCUCCUGGUGCACCAGUGCAAGCAAAUGGUCCACCUGGGCCACCUCCUUUGAAUACCUCAACAUCAGUACCAGGAGCAACGCCUCCUGUUACUAAUGGUGGUGCUCCAACUGCAUCACAGGCUUCACAGCCUGGGUUCCAGGGUGCUCCUGCUGGCGGGAGCUUUGGAGGGACAAAUAUGCCUGCUGUCUCUAGCUUUCCUUCUGCUGGUGGAAAUGUUUCUUAUCCGGCAACUUCAGGUGCUGACGGAUUUACUUAUGGUCAAGCCCCGAACAACAGUCUUCAAUCUAACUGAAAUGGACAUUGGAUUCAGCAUGAGAUGCAUUUAUACCUCAAGGUUGUAGAUGCCGGGCUCCUGUGUGUUUUUUGUUUUGAACUCUUUUAACAAUAUGGAGAUUAGGGAGCAUCGAUAUAUUACUCGUACUUGUUAACAUGAGGAGGUGUGGAGGAAUUGGCUGGAUAUUGUAGUAUAGCUUUGCGCCCUUGUCUUCUAAUCAAUUUGCUGUGACAUUAAAACAUAUGGAGUAGCUAGAGCAAUUAAUAUGUUUUGGUCCUUUCUACCAUAUUGAUGUGCUAGUGUGCUUUGAAAUAUGCGAAUUGUCUAGGCGUGAUCAGCUGAAUUUUACCAGUUUCACCUUUGUAGCUUGUGGCAUCACAAUUAAUGAAAGUAUUAGAUGAUUAUAUUUUACA